AUGGCGUACCGGGAGCUGCUGAAGCGCUGGCACCGAGCCGUGCUGGCAGCGGACGACGGGGAUUGGGACGCGGCCUUGGACGCGUUCUGCGGCAUCGAGGAGCCGCCGGCCAGGAUCUGCUUCAACGUGGGCUGCGUGCAUCUGCGAGCCGGGCGGCUGCGGGACGCCCUGCGGGCAUUUGAUAAAACAGUUACAAAGGACAACUCCCUCGCUGUCGGCUACUUUCAGAGAGGGUUUGUUUGCCUGCAGUUGGAAAUGUAUGAAGAAGCUCUCUCUGACUAUCAUCUGGCCUUCAGUCAUCUAAGAAAAAAUCCCUUCAUUGAUUACAAGCAGCUGGGGCUGAGGCACAUUCUCUACGCAUGGGAGGUGCUGUACAGCACUGCUGCCACGCAGUGCCGGCUGCAGCAGUGGCAGGAGGCCAGAGAGACCCUAGAGAAGGCCGUCGUGUGGAGACCUGAAGGAAAAUCAGCAACGCUGGCCCUGGCCCUUGAGCGAGUGCAGAACCAUCUAUUUUUAGAGCCUAUGCAGGUUCCCCUGGGGGAAUUUUUCAGACCACGAAAGAAGGAAGUUGAACAGCUGGAUUCAAAAGAUUUCCUGGGGAAACCCAAGGUGAUCUCAUCCAUCAUUCCCAAUGAUGAGUACAUUGGCUUUGAACCUCUCAGGCCACAGAAACAGGGCUUUUAUGAACCCAGUGCUGAUGCUGUGAGAGACCGUGAAUCAGGCUACUAUCGAGUUUUGUCCCAUUAUUACCCUGAGGGUGUGGAGAAGUUGGCAGUGAAAGCCAGCAGCCUGGUCUUUGUGCUGGCAAGAGGAGCAGAUGGCUGGGCUACAGCCAUACAUGAUGGGCAGAAGCUGCACAUACCGACCUCUAUCCUGGAGCCUGCCUCAAAGAUGGAUAAAUGGAAGAUCAAUGAUGGGAUUCCUCUCCCUCCUGCCCAGGUCCCUCCCAGCCGGCUCCACGUGAGGCAGACACCAGAAUCUCCUGGGGAAGAAAAUGUUUCUGCAAAUGAUUCCAGAUCCCAAGUGGAUUUUGAAGUCCCACUGACCCACAGAGACACUUCCUCCAGCUCGGACAGACCAGCUGUGCUGCGGGUGCUUUGCGAGUGCACGGUGGUGCUGAGGGCAGGCGAGGUGCCCUCCGUGCCGGCGCUGCGGGCGCUGCUCCGGCAGCGUUUUGGCCAGCAGGCAGAGCGUGGGAGGCUGAGCUACAGGCAUUUGGAUGGCAAAGAACUAGGUGCAGUUUCAGGAGAGGAAGAUCUAGGGAAGAUGUGGCAGCAGCUGACAGAUGGCAGGAUCACACUCUGCUGCCAGGACUUGGACUCCCACUCAGGCAGACCCAUCCUCUACCGGAUGCUGGCUCAGCACUCGUACCCUGCACAGGGACCAGGAGACCUGGAGUUCAACAAGGGGGAUGUGCUGGAUAUUCUCUCUGAAGUGAACAAGGACUGGCUUGAAGGGCGCUGCAACGGCAAGACUGGCAUCUUCCCUAAAUGCUUUGCAACCCAGACCAGUUGUGCCUUCCCAUAGGGAACAGGAGCCUUCUGCCUGACCACAUGAGGAGCCCGCUGCCAUCAGUCCCAUCUGCCAGGGGUAGGAGACACCAGAACCAGCUCAUCUGGACACAGCUGGCCCAGACAGGAGCUCUGCUCAACCUGAACAGAUGUCCUGCACUGACAGAUCCCGUGAGGUCUGUUCCAGCACUCACUUGGCAGCAGUUCCUGCAGCCUGUUCCCAGACCUGACACUUUUACCUCUGUGGUUCCACUGCCAAAGAUGUUCCUGUAUAGGGCAUAGAGAAAGGAGGGGACUGUGUUUGGCUACAGGAAAUGUCCACGUGCUGUGUGUCACACUGCAGGGUGGGAAAAGGUUCCUUUUGGGCAGGGGAGUUUACUCCCUCUCCAUGAUGGUUAGGACCAUUAUAUAUCAUCUUCACACAGUAAAUACUCUGUGGAUCUGAAAGAGCCAAAGAGCUCUGAUUCUUUCUCAGCCCAGAUGCCUUUGGUUGUUUUCUCAAGCCCCUAAGCAGUCCUGCCUGGAUUUUCCUGCUUCUUGCUGUGUGGACAGGGGUCCUGCAGCAAAGAGAGGCAGCUGUGGAGACACCCUUGCUCACACCAGCCUGGGGCUCUGGCAGAGGCUUGGAGGGUCUGUGCAGAAGGCAGGCUGGGCACUGCAGUGCUGACCUGGUGGCUGGAGCUGGAAGGACUGAGAGGACUGUCUGAUUCCUGCAGCUGAGCUGUGCUGGGCUCUGCUGAUGUAGAUAAAACACUCAAGUGCCUGGAGCUGGAGCCUGCUAUGGAUUUAGUGUCUGACAAAGCUGGAGUAUAUAACUUGAACGUGAAAUAAACACUGAGCAGAGUUGGCAGCUCUUAAA